AUGGGCCCGAAACAGAAAGGCGGUGCGGCGAAGAGGGGAAAUGCCACGGAGGAGGUGGAGGAGACAUUGCAGGCGGUGGUGCUUGCCGACACUUUCGAGACGAGAUUCGAGCCAUUCACACUUGAGAAGCCUCGCUGUCUCUUGCCACUUGCGAACACACCUUUGAUUGAGUAUACGCUCGAGUUCCUCGCCAACGCCGGUGUCGAAGAUGUUUUUCUGUACGGCGGAGCGCAUUCGGAUCAGCUGGAGAAAUACAUCAAUGCGUCCAAAUGGAGAGCGCCAUCAUCGCCGUUCAAGCAGUUGACUUUCCUCAAGUCGACGUCAACAUCGGUUGGAGAUGUCAUGCGCGACCUUGAUGGCAAGCAUCUCAUCACUGGCGAUUUCAUCGUGGUCAGCGGCGAUGUCAUCAGCAACCUGCCGAUCGAAGGCGCGCUAGCAAAGCAUCGUGCUCGCCGUGAAGCCGACAAGAACGCGAUCAUGACUAUGAUCCUGCGGGAAGCCGGCAGGAACCACAGAACCAAGUCUUCAUCUGUCUCGCCCGUCUUUGUUAUCGACCCUACCAAGGACCGUUGUCUACACUACGAGGAGAUCGACCAACACUCCCCCGAGUCUUCCCGUCUGAACAUCGACGCCGAACUUAUCACUACACACCAGGAGAUUGACCUGCGCCAAGACUUGAUCGACUGCAACAUCGACAUUUGCACACCUGAUGUUCUGAGUCUUUGGUCUGACAGUUUCGAUUAUCAGACUCCCCGGAAACAGUUCCUGUUUGGUGUGUUGAAAGACUACGAAUUGAACGGAAAGACUAUCCACACGCAUAUUGUGAAGGACCACUACGCAGCCCGGGUAAGGAACUUGAAGGCGUACGAUGCCGUCAAUAAGGAUAUUAUUUCGCGGUGGGCGUAUCCUCUGUGCCCUGAUACAAACCUGCUUCCCGGCCACAACUACGAGCUUCGGAAGGGAAGCCUGUAUCAAGAACAGGGCGUGACGCUGGCUCGCUCGUGUGUCAUCGGUCGGCGAACGGUCAUCGGCCAGGGCACGAGUAUCGGAGAUAAAACGACAGUGAAGAACACCGUUCUCGGACGGAACUGCAAGAUUGGCAAGAACGUCACUCUGGAUGGUGCUUACAUCUGGGAUGGUGCGGUCAUCGGGGAUGGAACGACUGUCGAACAAGCGAUUGUUGCUGACCGGGCGGUGGUGGGUAAGAACUGCACCAUCGAACCUGGGUCCCUGAUUUCAUUCGGUGUGGAAAUCGCCGAUGGUGUAAAGGUUAGCGACGGAAGACGUAUAACGAAAGCUCCCCGGGAGUACGACGAUGAGAUCCCAGCCAGCGAACCCGAGGUUGUUGGAGAGGGUGGCAAGGGGUACGAGUACGUUCCUUAUGAAGAUGAAGACGAAGAUGAGAUUGCUAGCAAUGCUUCAUCUGGGUUGGUUUACAACAUGGCGCACCUAUCUCUUUCCACGGAGUCCAUCUCGACGCUAUCGUCUGAGAUCUCCGAGUUUGGUCGGUCUCGUUCCGGAAGUUUCAGCACUACAAUGUCCGAAGACGAAGACCAGGACCACUUCGUCCAUGAUGCUGCGGCUAGUGUCUACGACAGCUUGCGCGAUGGCGUCACGUCCGAUGUUGUACAGUUAGAAUUGGUCAGUUUGCGUAUGACAGCAAAUGCUUCGGACCACCAUGUCCGACGAGCAGUGGUCUCGGCCUUCAUGAAGCGUAUUCAUCAGUUGAUGGAGGGUGGCAAGGGAGCCAGCGACGCCAUCCGGGAAAUCUUUGGCAAGUACAAGGAAAUCGUCGAGCGGUCUAUGUUCGACCGGGAGAGCAACGCGAAGCCUGACCAAGUGGACUUGCUGCUGCUUCUGCAGCAGGACCUGGUGCACCGCAACCGCGGUGACACAGUCCUACUGUUUACGGCCAAGGAGCUGUACGACCUGGAGAUCGUGGAGGAGGAGGCUUAUGAGCAGUGGUGGGCGGAUGAGCGAUCAAGCGCCAGUGAAGAGAUGCGUCAGGUGCGUAGCCAGUCCCAACAGUUUGUGGACUGGCUGGCCAAUGCCGAAGAAGAAGAGAGCAGCGACGAGGAGGAGGAGGACAGCGAGGAGGAUGAUGAGUAG